GGAUCAACAGGUCCUGUUCCAAGGAAAGAGUCGGUGGCCCCCAAGAGCCAGCUGUGUGCUGCUGCUAUGUGUGCUGCGGAGGUGGACCGUAACGUAGCCCAGAGAUACCUGAUCAAGCGGAGGCUUGGGAAGGGGGCCUAUGGCAUUGUGUGGAAGGCAGUGGAUCGGAGGACUGGUGAGGUAGUGGCCAUCAAGAAAAUCUUUGAUGCCUUUAGGGACCAGACAGAUGCUCAGAGAACCUUCCGUGAAGUCAUGCUUCUCCAGGAGUUUGGGGACCAUCCCAACAUCAUCCGCCUGCUUGAUGUGAUCCCAGCAGAGAGUGACAGAGAUAUUUACCUGGUGUUUGAAUCUAUGGACACCGACCUGAAUGCAGUCAUCCAAAAGGGCAGGCUGCUGGAGGAUAUCCACAAGCGAUGCAUCUUCUACCAGCUCCUGAGGGCCACCAAGUUUAUCCACUCAGGGAGUGUCAUCCACCGAGACCAGAAGCCAGCCAACGUUCUACUGGAUGCUGCCUGCCGGGUGAAACUCUGUGACUUUGGCCUGGCGCGCUCUCUGAGUGACCUCCCUGAGGGGCCCGAGGGUCAGGCCCUGACAGAGUAUGUGGCCACACGCUGGUACCGAGCUCCAGAGGUGCUUCUAUCCUCCCGAUGGUAUACCCCCGGAGUGGACAUGUGGAGCCUGGGCUGUAUACUGGGAGAGAUGCUUCGAGGGCAGCCACUGUUUCCCGGCACAUCUACUUUCCAUCAGCUGCAGCUGAUCCUGGAGACCAUCCCGUUGCCCUCCAUGGAGGAACUCCAGGGCCUUGGCUCAGACUACAGUACUUUGAUUCUGCGGAACCUCGGGUUCAGGCCACGGCAGACGCUGGACGCCCUCCUGCCGCCAGACACUCCCCCAGAAGCCCUGGACCUCCUCAAGCAACUCCUGGCGUUUGAUCCCGACAAGCGGCUUAGUGCAGAGCAGGCGCUGCAACACCCCUACGUGCAGAGAUUCCAUUGCCCAGACCGCGAGUGGACACGGGGAUCCGACGUGCGGCUCCCGGUGCACGAAGGAGACCAACUCUCUGCACCGGAGUAUCGCAACCGCCUGUAUCAGAUGAUUCUGGAGCGGAGGGGAAAGGGCCGCAGCCCUCGAGAAGAAGGCCCGCGGGGUGCGGCCUCACGGACAGAGCUCAGGGUUUCCCCGGCCCGUGCGCAGUCGCUCAAGCCCGGAGCCCUCCCCCAGGUCCCGGCGGAGAUGCUUGCGCGGAAGCGCGGACCCAGACCUGGUCAUAACCCGGAGCACGUGGAAGUUCCCAAGCAGAACUCAGACCCCCUGCUCCAACUUCCGCAGCCAGGAAGGGGGGAAAGGCCCGCAGGGGCCACUGCGGAGCCACCCUCAAGGGUGAAGCCAAACAUUAGGGUAGUGGUGCCCUCCCUGACUUCACAGGCCGCGGCUCAGGCGGCCAAUCAGGCUCUGAUCCGCAGUAAUCCGGCCCGGGGCGGUGGGCCGAGGGCGGCCUGCGCACGAAGGGUCCCUUCCCGCCUGCCCCGGGAGGCCCCGGAACCCCGACCCGGCCGAAGGAUGUUUGGCACCUCGGCCUCGCAGGGGGCCCAGGGCGCAGCCAGAGCUGCGCUUGGCGGCUACUCCCAGGCCUACGGGACCGUGUGCCGCUCCGCGCUGGGCCAUCUGCCCGUGCUCCAAGGACCGCGUGCUUGA